CCGGACGCACAUCCCUCGGCCCUCCUUUUACUUUCUCUCUCUUUCUGUGUCUCUCCUCUCUAUUUUCCAUUUUUUCCCAAAAAUUGAUUCUAUUUCCUUUUUUUCUCCACCUACCAUGAUUUUGUUAUAGAAAUAAUAUUACGUACAUCACAUAGAUCUCCAAUCCCAUUUCUUCAUCUCUGCUUCAAUGGUUAACUACUUCCAAUCCAAUGGUUGAAGCAGAUGAGUAAAGGUGCAACAGUCUGCACAAGAAGAUAUCGAGCGGAACAUCUUAAUCCAGAGUUCAUAGAUCGAGGAGUAGAUCGAUUGUUAUGCUUGGAUCUGAGACUGGUAAAGGUUAGGGCCUGCCAUACUCUCUAAACUCAAGGAAUUAAAACCAAGCAGCUGCUACUUUAAUUCAUGAUUUUGGCAUACCAAGAUACUAUCAUUUCGAAUUAGCAAAAUGGCAUCUAGAGGGGGUGCAUGCAAGGAAAUGUUCAUGGCCCAUGUUACAGUUUCUGAUUAUGAUCUAUCAAAUGAAACUAUGGAUCUUGAAGGUCGCCUUUGCAAACCAAAGAAGGUCACCUUUGCAUUGGGUGUCAAGCCAAGAGUGCUUUCAACCAAAGGUGUGCUCGAUCUAUUCCAGUGCCCUGUUUGCUCAUGCUCAAUGUACCCUCCCAUCCUUCAGUGCCCAAAUGGCCACACUCUUUGUUCAAAGUGCAAGAGUAGAGUGAACAAUCGCUGCCCAUCAUGCCGUCAUGAGAUUAACAAUAUACGGUGCCUAGCUUUGGAGAAGAUAGCACAAUCAUUGGAUUUCCCUUGCAGCUACCAGUCUCAAGGUUGCCAUGAAAUAUUCCCCUACCAUGACAGGCUCAGACAUGAACAUCAGUGCAAAUUCCGUCCAUAUAACUGCCCUUAUGCUGGAUCUGAGUGCUCUGUCACUGGAGACAUCUCAACACUCAUGGUCCAUCUCACAAAUGAUCACAAGGUUGAUCUGCACGUUGGGUGCACCUUCAAUCAUCGAUAUGUUAAAUCCAACCCACUUGAGGUUCAAAAUGCAACUUGGAUGCUGACGGUCUUCAGCUGUUUUGACAAGCAUUUCUGCUUGCACUUUGAGGCCUCCCAACUGGGGAACGAGCCCGUAUACAUGGCAUUCCUGCAGUUCAUGGGAGAGGAGGAUGAGGCAAAGGACUUCAGUUAUGACCUAGAGGUAGGUGGGAAUCGCCGGAAACUUACAUGGCAGGGAAUUCCAAGAAGCAUCCGUGAUAGCCACAGGAGGGUUCGUGAUAGCCAUGAUGGGCUGCUCAUCCCAAGGAAUCUGGCACUCUUCUUCUCUGGUGGUGAUCAACAGGAGCUGAAGCUGAGGGUAAUGGGCAGGAUAUGGAAGGAAACUUGAGGCAUGUCAUGCAAAAGACUUUUUGUAGUGAAGUAGAAAACAAAUAUACUUGCUAUGUCAAACUAUGAGAAGUGAAUAUUUUCCCUUCUAAAUUAACAUUUACUUCUGUGAACUUCAAACAAUUCCUCAGGUGUGUUUGUCACAUAGGGAAGCUGAUAAGUUGGUUACAUUUGUAUUAUUUCCUUCGCUUGUGGGAUGUUUCUUGAAUGUGCUCAAGGGAUUAGUAGGUGCUGACACUGCCCUUUGUGGCAAUGUCUGUUCCUUCUCAAUCCGUCAUUAUUUGGACCUCAAGUUACAUUGAAUAAAUUAUCGUGUCCUUUGAUC